UACAGACUAUGUGGUCGAUGUACCCCCACCACAUGAACUUUCCAUCGACGAAUUGAGCGAGUGUUCAAACCACCAUCCGGAGGAAAUGCAGCCACCUCCUAGUCCUGUUAGUUCAUCUUAUAGUGAAUUAAGAAAAGCAACGAAUGUAUUUAAAAAAACCUAUCAUCCUUGCGAUAUAAAAAACCAUGAAUCGAAAGUUAAUAGUAAUGAACCUAACAAUCACAUCUUUAGUGGACCAUAUAUGAAUGUUACUUGCAGCAAUAACUUCAGUUCAUAUUGUACAACAUUACAGACUGACUAUAACAAUAGCAUCGAUAUUUACAAUAAUGGAAGUUCCUCACAGAAUUCCUCGAGAAAUAAGCAAGUUGGAACUACAUAUGUACAUAUGUAUAUUCCAUUUUAAUUUCUAUUCCUGCGUUUCAACAACUUCAGCGUUUCGAAAAACUAGUGUCUCUUUGUACUCUUGAAAUAAGAAUGAUUGAAUACAAGAUUACGGCAAGUA